CUCACAAUGGCUUCUGUCCUUCGCAGCACAAGUCGGCUGGCUGUUGCCUCGCUGCGUCGUGUUGCCAUUCGUCCCACAACCCUUGCCACCAGUCGAACUCUAGCCACCAAGACAGCUACAGCAGCAGCGGCUACCGCAUCACUAUCAGAUGCCUUCGAUCAACCCUUCUUCCCCGACGAGCCCCACGGCCCUAUGGUCCGAACCGCCAUCCCCGGACCCAAGAGCAAGGCAGCUAUUAAGCAGUUGGAUAAGGUCUUUGACACACGCAGUCUGAACAUGAUGGGCAAUUACCAGGACAGCUUCGGCAACUACAUCGCUGAUCUCGACGGCAAUGUCUUGCUUGACGUCUAUGCUCAGAUUGCUUCCAUUCCCGUUGGUUACUCCAACCCUUCGCUGUUGUUGGCUGCUACCUCCAAGGAGAUGGCUUCGGCCAUCAUCAACAGACCUGCGCUUGGAAACUUCCCUCAGCAUGAUUGGGCCGACAUUCUCGAGACUGGUAUCCUGCGUGUUGCUCCCAAGGGCUGCAACCAGGUCUUUACCGGCCAAUCGGGAAGUGACGCGAACGAGCUCGCUUUCAAGGCUGCCUUCAUGUGGAAGAGAGGACAGGAGCGUGGUGGUCCUGAUGUCGACUUCACCGAGGAAGAGAUGCAGUCCUCCAUGAACAACCAAGCCCCUGGAGCGCCUCAACUCAGCAUCAUGUCCUUCAAGUCUGGUUUCCAUGGCCGUAUGUUUGGCUCUCUUUCGACUACUCGCAGCAAACCCAUCCACAAGCUCGAUAUCCCUGCCUUUGACUGGCCUCAAGCGCCGUUCCCCAUGCUCAAGUACCCACUUGAGCAAUAUGCCGAGGAGAACGCCCAAGAAGAGGCUCGUUGUCUUGAAGAGACAGAACGCUUGAUCAAGUCCUGGCAUCUGCCUCCAGCUGCCAUCAUCAUUGAGCCCGUCCAAUCCGAGGGCGGUGAUAACCAUGCCUCACCAGCUNNUUUCUUCCGUGGCCUCCGUGAGAUCACCCGUAGAAACAAUAUUUUGAUGAUCGUCGACGAAGUCCAGACUGGUGUUGGUGCGACUGGAAAGUUCUGGGCACACGAUCACUGGAACCUCGAAGACCCCCCAGACAUGGUCACCUUUAGCAAAAAGGCUCAGACUGCUGGAUACUACUUCGGUAACGAUGAACUGAGACCCAACAAGCCAUACCGCCAAUUCAACACCUGGAUGGGCGAUCCGGCUCGUGCUAUCCUCUUCCGCGCCAUUAUCAACGAGAUUGAACGUCUCAACCUGGUCCAGAACACCGCCGAGGUUGGAGACUACCUCUACUCUGGCCUCGAACGUUUAGCACAGAAGUACCCCGAGGAGAUUCAAAACCUUCGUGGAAAGGGUCAGGGCACAUUCAUUGCUUGGGACUCACCACGUCGUGAAGAUUUCCUGGCGAAGGCAAAGGGUAUCAACAUCGGAGGCAGUGGUGCUCAAGCUAUCAGAUUGAGACCCAUGCUGAUCUUCCAGAAGAAGCACGCAGACAUCCUACUCGAGGGUAUCGAGAAGGUCUUUCGAUCGUAG